AUGUUUAUUAUAUAUGUAAAAAUAUAAACAAAAAAAUCAAGUUUAAAUAAAACAAAAAAAUCUUUAAGCAAGAAAUAAUAACAUAAUCAAACUUCAUAGAGAAGUAGAAAUAAGAUUAAAUAGGGAAUCUAUAGAUCCUCAUAAUUAUUGGAUUAUUGUAGCAAAAGGAAUGGAAAGACCUUUUACUUGAAAAUUUUUGGAUGCAAUUUUAUUAUUAAUGCAAACACAAUAAAUAAUGAGUUUAAUAAUUUUUUGAUUUCAUAAAUGAUAAAUAUAAAAGUGAUACUAACUAUCAAGCGUUACAUCAUUUUUCUAACAUUAUAAAAAUAGUGUAGAAAUUAUUGA